AUGUCUCCUCCCUUUCCUCAGAUCGUCACCAGCAACCAUGAAGACGAAGAUGCCUUCCUUUCGCGUUCCGCCAGCUACAAUCACCUGCCCGACCUCGUCAAUGCCGACUCUCCCACUCUCCGAAGGACCUUCUCCGACCUGACCAACCCCCACCGCUCCGAGUCCCCUUCCAAGGAGGAUGUCGCCGCGGGGAAGGACAUCCUGCGACGCACAUCCCUUCGUUCGAAGGAGAAACCAACCAUUGCCGUCUCCCGCUUCACCGUGUCCUCAGAAGAUCUCACCGAUGCCUCUGACCAAGAGAUCGCCGACCCGGCCCCCAAGAUUCCAGAAACAAGACCUCCGGAGCCCGCCGCCCGGCCAUCCAAGUCUCGCACCAUGUCCGGCCGCUUGGUCAGUCUCGCUCGCAAGCCCUGGUUAUCAUCGUCUCCGUAUCGGUCACCUGCGGACAAGGAUUCCAGGACGCGACGAGACCCAUCGCCGCCGCGGUCCCAAAGGAAUUCGGCGCAGCUCGAAUCGGUGUCUGGUUCCGAGCCAGACGCCGGGAGCCCCUCUCGCAAACGAACCAUCCUGCACAAGCGCCCUCGGCGGCCGAUGGUGGCCGUGGUCACCCAGAGCCGCGCAGAGAGCCCCAGUAGUCCGAGUAGUUCCUCGCCUCAGUCCUUAGGGGGCAAGGGCUCGUUGGAGAAGCUCAGUUCGUCUCUCAAUGUGUCGACCCCCGUCCUCCCUCCGAUGCCCAAGGGAGCCGGGAGUACUGGAAGUUACUCGGCCAGCAUUGACUUGCCGCGGAAGAAAGAUGAGCUCUGGGGCGUGUUCCGGAACCUCGAGGCCGACUUUCAGAAGUUUCAGACCAAGUCCAGCGCCUUGAAGGCCAAUGUCAUUCGUGCUUCCCUCUUACCGUUCCUCAACCGUCACCAUUCUCAUCCCUCAUACAAAUCUCUGAGGCCUGAGGAUCUAGAUCGCCGGGUCAACAUCCUGAACAAAUGGUGGAUUGGAUUGCUCGAAAUGCUCAACGGUAAGCACAAUCAGUCCAUCUCCGGAACAGAUAGGCCAGUAUACCUGGAGGCCGUCGUGGGGAUCAUGACCCGACCAGAAUGGAAGAUUCCAUUCCCAUCGCCGCUGACCGGCGGGAACUCUCCACGGCCUCUAAAGCCCGCAUCUUCCAUCUCAGAGGGAUCGGAUUCCUCGGGGUCCGACUUCCUGAUCGAAUCCAUUCAUCAUAACAUCCGGAAUAUCUUCACGCAGAACCUCCUCUCCCAAAUGGCCUUCGUAGUAGAGCGAAUGUCCAUGAGGCACGCUCCUGCCAGCUUGGUGGCCUUCUGCGGAAAGGCGUGCGCGUAUGCAUUCUUCUUUUGUCCUGGUGUGGCAGAUAUAUUGGUGCGGCUGUGGAACACCCCUCCGAACAUCUUUCGCCGCGUGUUUGCUCAGCCGCAGGUAGGGAGGAGUAGUGAUAUGCGGGCCUUCACUCAGGACCUCGCAUUAAACUUCCCACCGGCACUACGCUCGCUCGCCUUUCAUGGCCAUGCCGCAUUGGUGCGAUAUCUUCGUCAGAAGCCCGAUGUCCCGCUGAAUACCGCUCAGAUCCCGUGGCAAAGCCCUUGGGUCUCGCGGUGGUGUGGGCGCGACACCGAUCUUUUCUUUGUUUUCGUGAAAUACGUCCACAUUCUCUAUGCGGACGCCCUGCCUCUCGACAUUGACAAGGAGAAACGGGUCCUGGCGCCCGGUUUGCUACCCAUUCACUCUCAGAUCCUCGUCGUUCUGGAGGAUGUUUUGUACAAACAAUCGGCCCCGCAAAUCCCAGAAAGCUCCCACACAGCCGCUGCGAUCACUUUCGAUGACUUCAUUGAAGGCGCCGACGCCGCAGUCUCGGCUCUUCCGCUGGGUGCGGCAAACAGUCACCGGUCAAUGGCGGAGAAUCGCUUGAUCAUCCUCCUUCGGGAUUUCCUCUCCGAGUCGUCCGUCGAACCUACACACGCGCGACUACUGUAUGCAGAGUCCUUCUCGUCCAUUAUGAAGACAGCAGCCCAAAGGACAUCGUUAUUUGAUCACAAUGCGUGCUUUUUGCUGUGCGACUUUGUGGAAGAAGUGAUCCCCAUCGUUACGCGCUUUUCUCAGUUGGUUGAUAUCGACUUUUUUGACUGGAAGUUCUGGCUGGAAGUUUGCGGGCAGAUGAUGCAGAGUCACAACUCGCUGACCGAGGUCCGGGUGUUCUCGUUUCUCUACGGAGUGUGGAACACAUGGACGCUUUCUGAGGAGCGGAAGGCGGAUAUCUGUCUCCGGUUUCUUUUGGAGGAGAACCUGUUCUAUCAUUACUUCAGUCACUGGAGUCCUAUGGUUCGCGCCUAUUUCCAGCGCCUCCUUUGUUGGCGAGUGGGUAGAUUCAAUGGAGACCCGUCACCACUGGAUUCGUUAAUCUACGAAACUAUCUGGAACAGGCUCCAACGCACUUGGCGCUAUUACCUCGCCUUCCAGGCAAAAGCGGAAGAAGAAAUGUCGAUGCCCCUAUCUUCUGCUCCUUGUUCGCCGGCUCCUGGACGUCGGAUCAUCAUUAUCCGAUGUGAUAACCACCUCCCGCCAUCCAAUCUGUUCGUCUCGUUCGACCGAGUUGUGCCCCCAGCUCCGCCAGACCAAACCGGACUCCCCGGCCUCGCGAAAGAUUCGUCCGGGGAUAGUCAAUUGUUCCCAAAGAAGCGAUGGAAUCUCCUCAAGGCUGUUUUUGGUGCCUCCUCCAGUUCCAAAUCCAGUGGUGAUGUCUCCCCAACCAGCAGCUCGGAUGAGUCCGAGGCAUCUGUGUCUGAUGCCAUGGCGGCUGCCGACAAGUGCUUAGAUCCGCACUGGCGGCCUCGCAAUGCGUCUGGCGAGCUUGUCCCUCCGAAGAUGGUUCAUCAACCCUACUCCUUCCGAUUCUCGCUGGAGUGGAUAGAUCGGCCCCAGUGGCCGAGCAAGAACAAGCGUCUAUUCACACCGUGCCUCCCCGUCGCGGCCCAGUUACACCUCCAGCUCCGUAAGUCCAUGAACCGGCCUGAGGGUUCGGACACAACUUCAACAUCGUCGACAUUGGAUAUCGAAGACGAAAGCAAGAGCGAAGCAACUCUUGACGAGCAGAUGGCCCUCGACCCUGCGGUUGGCGAACCAGAGAAGCUGAACAACAAACCCGAUCCGAAGCUCGCCCUGAAUGACACCCUUGCGGGCAGCAAGUAUGCGGGCCGGGCGCUGGCAGAAUGGGCUCAGAUCGUCUCGGAGUGUGACAGCUUCUUUGCCCGACGACGCGACGAGGGGGUGCCGUGUGACCGGAUGGUGGAGACCCCAACGCUGGGCGUGGAGAGUUUCCGGAAAUAG